AUGUUUAAAUCUAAAAUAAAAAUGCCCAAAAAGGAUAAGCAACAGUCAGCUUAUACAAAGAGGGAGGUUGGGAUGCAAUCCAUUGUUCCUCCUAAGCUUUACGAUUCACCUCAUAUUUUAAGACUGAAGAAUUUGGAAACUGUUGAAUACAACAAGUAUUUUUAUGUAUCCCAUACCUUGACCUUCCUCGGUCUUGGAGUAAUCGCUCUAAACGUCCUGAUCUACUACACCAGGGGAUGGCCUGUGGAAGACCUUAAGAUAUUGGGUCUUAAAGGCGCAAUGUUCUUCUUCCUCAUGUUUAGCUGCUUUUACAUGCCAGAUACAAUAGUGACCAGACCUCACCCUUUCAUCUGGAGAGGUGUUUUGGGUGCCAACCUUCUCUAUCUAGGUUUCUUGACUUACAUCUCAAUUUUGCCACUCGACGAAGCGAGAAAAACUUUCAAGAUCUUUGAUGAAACUCUUGGAGAGACACUUCCUGAAAGAAGCUAUGCUGAGGACUGCAGAAUCUAUACUCCUGAAGACCCUGUGUCUGCCUUUAGAAAUUUUAGAGAUUCAUUCUUUGACGUCCACACUUUUGCUCAUCUCCUAGGAUGGAUAUGCAAAGUUCUGAUCAUCAGAGACAUCAAAGUUUGCUGGAUCUGAAGCAUUGGUUUUGAGAUAGCAGAGCUCACUCUCAAUCAUUGGCUUCCUAACUUCAAAGAAUGAUGGUGGGACCACCUCAUUCUUGACUUGUUCGGAGCUAACCUUCUCGGAAUGGUGAUUGGGUCUUAUAUCCUGAAAUAUUAUUCGGUCAAUAAGAUCAACUGGAUAUAUGAAAAAGAUCAUAAAUCAGCGCAAAUGAGGUAUCUAAACCAAUGCUCAUCGAUAAAGAGAGCGGUUCUCAAGCUGCAGCCGAACUUCUUCAUGCAGCAUGAUUGGAAAGUAUUUAAGAGCCUCAAGAGGUUCUACACAGUGAUUGGGUACUGAGCAAUGGGCUUAAUGAUCGACUGAAAUAACUUCUUCAUGAAGACAGUGCUUCUUGUACCUCCAAACCACUACUUGCUGAAGCUAAGGUUAUUACUCUGGUGUCCGCUGAUCCUAGCAGCAUCUGAGGAGCUAUUCGACUAUGUGACAAAUAAAUACUCCAAAAGAGUCAGACCCCAUCUCUGGUUGACAAUCCUGAUGCUCUGCAUGGAGGCUGGAAUAAGUAUCAGAGACUCAGAUGUGUACACUGGGAAACCCUUCCCAUUCUACAUCAAAGUAUUCUGGACAAUAAUGCUGGUCCUGUUCAUCUGCAUCUCCAUCUGGAUUUAUACUAAUGAAAAGAAGGAGGAUGACGAUGAAGAGUGGAACCCUUACGACCCAAAAAUUGACAUUAAAGAAAUCAAAUAAGCAGUGG